GGUUUCAAUCAAAGUGAGGCUUUAAAACGGCGGGUGAAGAUGGGAAAGAAGAAAGAGUCGGCGGUGGACAGAGGUUUGGAGGACGAAGCUGGUGGCCACAGUGCUCACAAGAAGAAACACAAGAAGCACAAGAAACACAAGAAGAAGCACCACCAAGCGGAUGUGGGACUUGGCUUUUCCUCUGAGACUCUGGAAUCUGACUCUGGUACUGGAAAACCCCAGCUAAAACUUAAAAUCAAACUGGGCGGUCAAACCAUGGGCACAAAGAGUGUGCCCCACUUUUCUUUGGCUUCUGAGCUGAAGCAAUCUCCCUCUCCUUUGAUGGUUGAUGAUGAACCAGAUGAAGUGCCAUUGGAUCAGUAUCGGGCUUGGCUUGAUGAGGAGAGCAACUUGGAUCCCUCUCCUUUACCAGACCUGGAUUCUGAAAGCCUUCAGGAGCCAGAACAGGAUGAGGAGCAGCGAUGGCUGGAUGCUUUGGAGAAAGGAGAGUUGGAUGAUAAUGGGGAAUUAAAGAAGGAGAUUGAUGAAUCACUGCUGACAGCAAGGCAGCGUGCCCUGCUACACAAACAACAAAGCCAACCACUCCUGGAGCUGCCCAUGGGCUAUAAAGCGAAGGAGAUGACUGAGGAGAUGAUGGUAAAGCGAGCUGAGCGUGCUCGAAAAAGGCGCCUGCAAGCUGCAAAGAAAGCAGAAGACAACAAAAACCAAACAAUUGAACGGCUGACAAAGACUAACAAGGCCAAAGUCAAAACACUGAGGGAGAGAAAAACUAAAAGAAUGCAUUAUCCUAUGAUUAGAUAUUCCAACAACGCUGAAGCAAUUACUGUCUCCUUUCCACAUGGAUGUCCAGUCCCCCUUCCAUCUGUCUUGCAGCCUGUGCGCCUCCCUGUAACCUGUGGGGUUGAGGGCUGUUCAAACUUCAAGAGAUACUCUUGUUCUAAAACUGGGUUACCGCUCUGCAGCUUUGAGUGCUACAAAAAGAAUUUGUUGAUCCAGGGUUUGGCCUGAUGGGCUGCAAGCUUUUGUUUUUAAUAAUUUCCUGGAGGAAAUAAGGGAAAGGGUAUCUAGAAAGCCCAUUGACUCAAGGCUUCUGACCGUGGACUCCUGCACUAACCAGGAGCAAUCUCUGGUUACCAAUAGAGAACUAAUUGGUAAUAAGAUAAUUCUGUAAUAAGAAUUACCUACCAAGCUUCAUUUGAUGGCUGUUUCUUUUGGAACGAUAUUUGUUAUGUUACUGAAGUGGCAGGAUUAAUGGAUUGUAUUCUGCAGUUUAAUAUUAAUGAAAAGAAUGGUGCCAACUCAAUAAGGAAUGAAACUGUGUUCCUCUUCAGUUCAUUACAUUGGCAGUGUGGCUCUAGUACAAUAUGAUUGGUUCCAAUAUAAAAUCUUUUCCAUGUGCAGUGGUGCAUUUCAUCCUCACGAAUGUGAUGUUUCUCCAUUCCUUUCCUGUGAAUAACUAACUGUGUGCAAUAAGGAGCAAUGUUGACUUAAAAAGUGGGUUGAGACUGACUGUUCUCCAGUUUCAUUGGACUCUAAGUGGGAACAGAAUAAACUUCCAUCCCAGUAAUGUGGAUUAUAUACAAAUUCAAGAUUUUGAAUGCCAGUUUCCAAGCUACAGUCCUUCCUAAUCCUACAUUAUUUGUUAACUCAAUGUUCUUUAAUUUUGCACACUAACAAUUACUCCCACUGUCCUUAGUGGUCAUGCAAACCCUAUAGCCAUGCAACUAGGAGAUGUACUUGAUACCUAUACAAGAAUUCCCAAAUCUCAGACAAGGCAAGAAAACACCCCAGUUCCAACCAGGGAAAGGACAUCAACCUAGUGAGAUUGGCUGUCCAUUUGUGUAAAGAUUUGUUGAAAUUUAUUGUACAGUCUUAACCUAUCAGGAAGCAUUGGUGGAGAAAGAAGUGAAGCUGAUAUUUCAGGUCAAUGACUUUUCAUCAGAACUGGAAGUUUGAAUAUACUGAGAUGGUUAUAAACACUUUGUCUCACCUAUGCAUUUGUAAUGUGGAAGGAAAUGGUCAGCAAAGGUUGGCUGCUUUAUGUAAGAUUUGAUAAAAUCUAAAUGUAUGGUUUGGUGAAAAAGUAUUGAGAUAUGUGAAUUCUAUAAGCUAAUGAGAUCAUCACCAGGUUACCGCUGAAGAUGAUAAACCGCUCAAGUAAUCUCAGUUCAUGCCUGACACUAGAUCAUGCCAUUAGCUGUCUCUCAAACAAUCCAAAGCCAAUUUGCCAAAUGCCAUUCUGCACAUUGAUCAUUUUUGAAUUAACAUUGAUUGUGGUUCCAUAUUUAUCUUUUUUGUACUUGCAGUUCACUUUGAAAUGUUCGGUACCUUUUUCUACACUUCCCCCAUCUGUCCAUAUCUCCAAGAUUUUCUGCUUUCAGUUUGUAAGGCUUGUUUCUUUUAUUCUUUUACUUUACUGUUGCUCAGGAUCAGCUUAGUUGUCUUUUUAAAUCCUUUAGCGUCAUCAAGUUUAUGCCAGUUAAAAAUAACAUUUUCCAGCACUUGGUUUGUAGCCUUGGUUGCAAGUUUACAUUGCAAUACUACGUAGAGUUACUAAGGCUUCUUCCUCUAACAACCUUACUGUGCAUCAUCCUCCAGAUGAAUUUUAUUUUCUCAACACCUUAAUAACCUUCUGCCUCUUACCUUAAAUCUGUGCCCUGGUCAUUAAUCCCUCCACCAAGGAAAAAGUUCCUUCACAUCUACACAUCUGAUUCGUGCCAUUCCAUUUCUUCUGCUCUAAAGAAAACAACCCCAGUCUCUUUGCUCUUUUGUUAUAACUAAAUCUCUCUGGCCCAGGCAAUAUUCUGGUAAAUCUCCCCUGCACCCUCCAGGGCAAUCACAUCCCUCCUACAAUGUGGAUUUCAGAACCGCACUCCAUAUUCUAGCUGUGGUGCAUCACCUCAUUGAACUUAAAUGCUAUGUGUUGACUCAAAGGCAUAUCCCAUAAGCUGCCUAAACUACUUUACCUGUUCUGCUACCUUAACGAAGUGGAUGCACACAUCUCAGUCCCUCUGUGCUUCCUUGGGUCAUCCAUUCAUUACGCAUUCCCUUCCAUUUUGUCCUGCCCAAGUGCAUCACCUCACUUAGCUCAACGAGUUCAAUUUGCCACUGAUAAGCCUCUUUGGCUUAAAUGUCUCCUUUUUAUUACAGGAUCCAGAAUUGAAGACAAUGAAAAUGUGGUCUGAACAGAACAUAAUGCAUUUUCAGUAUGACUUUUGACAUGAUUUAGUUGUCAAGUUCAGAAGACUUUAUCUUAUCAAUUUUGUAGCUUUGUAGAAAUUGGGUAGGUUGAGCUUUGUAUCUGCUAAAACCUAUAAAUUCCUCAAUUAUCUAUUUUAGCUCACAUUAGAUUCCAACCGAUAACAAGAAAAUGUUGAGAAUCUAUUGGAUGUUCCUUGACAUUCAUUUGAACAGUUUAAAAGCUGUUGUGAACUAUGUACAAAAUUCAAGAGGUGCAUUUUCUCAGUUGCCUGGGUGAAAGUUUGGUGUGGGAAGUCCCUUAUUCAGUGGAUUAAAUGUAGUCUCAUUCUACAGAAUAACUGGAAACUCCCAAAUCAGUUUUGAGCAGGAGUUUCCUUGACAAUGAGUUCUAUUUAACAGAUGCAGUAAUAUGUCCAAGCUGCAUGUGGUUUUACUGUAAAGGCACACUAAAUACAAGAUGUCAUUGAAGUUGUUUGCAAUUUGUGUACCAGGUAUUUCAAAAAGGAAAGUUGUACAAAAAACACUUUCUCAGCUGCUUGUGCUCCAUUGCAGUCUCCCUAACUGAGGGCAUGCACCUUUGUUUUUCUGCAAAAUUUACAGGUUGGAUGGAAGCUGGCUCAAGCAUUCCCUUGUUUGGCUCUUGAGGCAUCUGCCUUAAACUAUACCCCAAUAUUAUGAUGGAUCAGUUGUUGUGGAAUCAGUAUCCCAUGACUGGUAUACUGGUACUUCAUAGUGAAUGGAGGUACACUUAAGUUUGUAGAUUGAGUUUGUUUUCUUCACCUUUUUAUUCCAGAACUGAUGUGGCUAAGACCACUUUUGUAAAUAUCAUGUUGCUUAAUUUUCUCGAA